AUGGCGGAGGUUCUGGGUAUCCUAGGGAGCAGCAUCGCAGUCACUCAGUUGGCUAGUGGAGUUGUCGGCGGGAUCCCGAAGCUUCGCCAGCUCUGGCGAGAAUUCCGGGAUCUACCUCGAGACAUUGAUGAUACUUUGGAGGAAUUGGAGAUACUUGGUCAGUCAUUGUUGGUCAUUCAAAACUCCGUUAAGUCAAAUGCAGCCAAUGCUGCAAGUGCAACGAUCGUUGAGAGAAGCCUGGAAUUCUGUCAAACCGCCACCAAAGAUCUUGACAAGCUCAUGAUGGAUCUGCGUAUUGAGAAUCAAUCUACUUCUGUCAAGAGGCAGAAGAUCAAACUUCAAGCUAUUAUGCAGAAAUCAGAGAUCCAUGAUGUCCGGGAACGCCUUCAACGUGCUGUCAGGUACCUCAAUCUAGCCGUUAAUUGUUACUCCAUUCUCAACAGUGUACCACAAUAG